AAGUCGUUCCGGGUCAUAACGUUUCGCCCGUUUCGCAGCCUCGUUUAAUGCCCCCGUUACGCGGGCACCUUAACGGCCGUUAAGGAAAACGGCAGUUGGCCUUAACGACCGUUAGCCGUAGUUUCACGGCAGCGCGAGUGCCGUUGGAAACCCAGUGGCGAUUGACACCAACGGAGCUCGCCGGUCUCCGUUCCGCCGCUGUUUCCGUCCGUUUUGUCGUGAAAUAGGCAAGAUGGCAGCCCCCAGCAGCAACGUGUCCCCGCUGCAGGCGAACGCGCCGGCGCCACAACGCUUUGCCUGGACAGCGUCACUGACGCAUUUACUUAUCAACUUGUGGCAGGAUCACCUUGCCGAACUGCGAGCUCGGAAACGCAAUGCGCCCGUGUACGCAAGGAUGACGGCGCUGUUCAACCAGCUCGCAAGUGAGAAAUGUGGGCACGCUGUGUGCGUCACAGUCAAACAGAUCAAGCACAAGAUGGAAAACUUGGCCCAGGCUCACAAAAAGGCAAGCACUGCUGGCACUAGGUCUGCUGCAACUCAGUGUCCAUUCUACAAACGGCUUCACACAUUCUUGGGAAACCUGCCUAUGCAUGAUCAAAACCUGGUACAAGAGAGCUUUCAGCUGGACAUGGUGGAACGGCCGCCAGAAGGUGCAGUGAUUUUAGCCUCAGGACUGCCAUCAGAAGCGACGAGCAGCCCAGACGACGGAAAUGUGAAGGCGUCAACCAGUCUGGCCUCGACCAGCCAGUCAUCGACCAGCCAGUCAUCGACGAGCCAUGCUUCAACACCUGUUGCCUCAGCCGAGCAAGGUCACACGCGCAAAAGGCGACAGCAGACAUCAUCAAUUGAUAGAGUUAUGCUGCUGCUAGAAAGGCAGGAAACCCGUGCCGAAAAGAUGGCUAAAAAGGCGUAUAAGCUCUUCAAAAAGGCAGUCAGUCUCCAGGAGGAGGCCAAUGACAUACACCGUGAAAUGGUCAGCAUAAUCCGCCAAUACAUUGAAGGCCGGCAGGAGCGUCAGCCUGACUGCCCAGACAGCGCUGAAUAAAGACUCGUGUGCCCAG